AUGUCGUCGCUUUCGUGCCCUUCUGAGCCUCCCGAUGUUGGAAAUUGGUUCUCAAGCUAUGAAUAUCAGUCUCCAAAUCUGGAUUCCAAUUUCACUCUCGAAGAAUCCUGUUUUGGAAAGCGCAAAUCCCAGCAUGUAGAUGAAGAACAGGAAGAGGCUGUUAGAGAGAAGCUAGUACAAUGUAAUGGGACUUGUGUUAAAGAUAAUAAUCAUAAUGAAGAUCCGUGUUUCACCAAGAAUAUGGAUUCUUGCAGUUCAUGCUCACUCUUGUCUGAGCCUCCAAAUAUCAGAAACUGGUUCUCAAGCUACAAUUACGAGUCUUCAGCGUUUGAUACAUGUAGUCUUUUAAAUGAUGAAGAAGUUUCUGACAGGAAUAAGUGUGUGGAGGAGAGGUUUGAUUUUAAAGUCACAAGUAAGGAUGAAACCAAGUCUGAGAUUGUGCAGCCGGAAAUUUGUGUCAAACACAAUAGCUCUUUUGAUGAUACUGCUGGAAUGAAGAAAAAUAUAAAUACUGCAAAUACUCCUCAUUUGGAAAAGAUUUUGCAGCCAUGCAUGCAAGUUAAGGCACUGCAGCACAAUCUUGGUUCAACCAAGCAUAAUGAGACAGUGAACCGGAAUCAUGGAAGUCCUGGUUGUAAUGGAGAAGCACAUUUAAUGUCAUUGGACACUCAUGCAGGGGCAAUGAGAACUCCAAAUCCGGCACAAAAGCAUGGCACAGAAGAAGCAAAAUCAAAAGUUGAAAUCCAAGCUGAGAAACUUGACAUUAACAGAAGUUUAUCGAAAAGCUUUUUGGCAGGAAGCUCAGCUUGUACAGGAAAUAAAGAAAAUGACGGUUUUGUUACAACAAGAAAGAAAAGUAUCACCCGAGAAAAUGAUGAAAAUUCUUGGAAGAAACCAGAAAAGAAGACAUUGCAGUGUUCAUCAAGUACAGGAAUAAAUCCACAGACAUGUGAAAAGCGCAAUGUUGCAAAGAGAAAGGCAUUGACAGAAACAACAAAUCUUCAACAAUCUAAUGCUAUUGAGAUUACAGGGAAAUGGCAAUGCCCACAGAAACGUAAACCGGAUAAAGGGCCUGCUUUGAAGCAACUUAGGCUCGAGCGAUGGGUUCACAAGGUUGAAAAGGUCUCCCCUCAAUGA